AACACUAGUCUCCAUCUCCAAGCUUUAAGAGAAAAAUGAGUGUAGAAGUAUUGGAUGCUGCCACCAUCUUCAACUUCGUGGAGGAUGAAGAAGCAUUCAAUGUCUCAAUACGUGACCGUUUUGCUCGCCUUGACACAGACCAAAAUGGUCUUCUCUCCUAUGUAGAGAUGUUGAAGGAGUUGCAGAGUCUGAGGAUCUUUGAGACCCACUUUGGGAUAGACGUGAAGCCUGAUCCAGAUGAGCUUGCUCGUGUCUAUGAUUCCUUGUUCAUGCAGUUCGAUCAUGACUCCAAUGGAGCAAUUGACCUUGAGGAGUUCAAGGAGGAAACCAAGAAAAUGAUGCUUGCUAUGGCUAAUAACAUUGGAUUCUUGCCGAUUCAAAUGGCCCUGGAAGAGGAUAGCUUCCUGAAGAAAGCUGUUGAACGUGAGUCCACAAAGGUGGCCGUUUAAGUUCACCGAU